AUGGACUCCGACGACACGGCCCUCGGCCUCACACAAGAGGACCUCAAGGCCAUCGACACGGUCCGUGCGCGGCUCUACCAGCUCACCAACAGCGUGCAGCGUCUCAAAGGCGAUGUCCUCAUGGGCGGCGGCCGCGGCGACGGCGUGGACUCGAGCCUGCUGCCGACACCCGAGUCCAUCCAGGCAUCGUCGUUUGUCCUCCAGCAGAAUCUGGCGUCGCUCAACGAAGUGAUGGCCCAGCAUGCCGAGCUGUUCCGGCGCAUCGUCGUGCACCCGGACCCCAUGUACCCGGGCCGGACCGAGGAGCAAAUACUGACGUCGCUGCUCCGCAAGAAGCUGGAGCCGGAUGUGGAGCAGGUUGCGGAGCGGGCGCGCGAGACAGCGGCGGCGCGGGGCAUUGGACGGACGAGUUUUGCCGAGUCGCUCGGGGCCAAAGGGCGGCGGCGAGGGCGGCGGCACGGCGGCAUGGACGGCGACGAGGACGAGGACGAGGAAGAUGAGGACGAGGAAGACGAGGAAGACGAGGAAGACGAAGACGGCGACGACUCGGACAACGACAACGGCCCGCGCGAGCCGUUUGGGCUGGGCGACGUGUGGUACGAGACGCGGCGGUGGUGCAUGGACCGCCUGGGGCGGUUUAUCCGCGAAGAGGCACCCGAUGUGUACACGAAACAGGAGCGAGAGAUGGGCGUGGAGAAUGUGCGGACCGGGCUUCGGCGGUCGCUCGAGGAAGACGAGGACGAGGACGAGGACGACGACGAGGACGACGAGGACGAACCAAAGGGCGAUGACGACGAGGUCAUCAUGAUUGACGACGGUGCACCACCGACGAAACCGCAAACACAAGCAGCAGCACAAGCAACCCAGCAACCACCAGCGGGCCCGGCCGCGGAGCCUGAAGUGCUGCUGUGGCUGGCGGCGCGUGGCGACACAGACCUGCCGCGGUACGUUGAGAUUGAGUCGCAGCGGGCAGCAGCAGCAGCGGCAGCCCAGCGACGAAUGUGA